AUGCCGAAGAACAGCGGAAAGGGCGGCAAGAACCGCAGGCGAGGAAAGAACGACACCGAGGGCGAGAAGCGAGAGCUCGUCUUCAAGGAGGAGGGCCAGGAGUACGCGCAGGUGCUCAAGAUGCUGGGCAACGGCCGGCUCGAGGCGCAAUGUUUCGACGGCGAGAAGCGGCUGGCGCAUAUCCGCGGCAAGCUGCGCAAGAAGGUGUGGAUCAACCAGGGCGACAUUAUCCUCAUCUCGCUGCGCGACUUCCAGGACGACAAGGCCGACGUCAUCCAGAAGUACACGGCCGACGAGGCGAGAUCGCUCAAGCAGUACGGAGAGCUGCCCGAGACGGCCAAGAUCAACGAGACCGAGACCUUUGGCGAAGAGGAGGGCGGAGACGUCGAGUUCGAGGAGGCCAGCGACGACGACGACGAGGACCUCGACGACCUCUAG